AUGGAGGGUAAUAAUUCUGUUGUCAAAUAUCCAGCUGGUUCUGGUGAUAUUAUUGCUCCUGUUAUAAACAAACGAGGAAGAAAGCCUAAUCUCCGAAAACAAGUGUAUCAGUGUGAUGAAUGUCUAUAUGAAAGCGACAGAAAUUUCAAUGUCGAUCGACACCGAAUCAGAAUCCACUGUAAAAAAAUUAACAAGCAGUGCUGUGAACGCCUCCGACACGAGAAGUACUCCUGCCGCUUCUACGCUUCAAAGACGCGGACCCGCGUCCAGAAGAUCUACUCAUCAUCAUCAACCAGCAAUAAACGAUCUUCGCUGCGUAUUAAAAAAAAGCUAGAGAGCAAAUGUCUGCUAAUGCUCCGGCAAUUUAACGCGACUGGAUCACCAGGUUAUGAUCUGGAUGAGUUGCCGCUGUACUAUCGAUUAAAAUAUCCGGAAUUACGCGGUGAUAGUAGUUAUCAGUCUCCCGAGGAUUAUCAACUGGCACCAGCAGAGAGUCGUCAAAUAGAAUUAAACACUCCAGUGAAAAUCGAUUUUUCCUCGGAUUUUACCGAUGAUUUCCAUUUCUCUGACGCUGCCAGUCUUCGCUUCACUAAUUACGCUGAUAUCAUUAAUAAUAUCAAUGAUGAUAAUAAAUUGGUGGAUUAUUCAGACGACUCUGGAUUUACCGAGUCCCUAACAAUCCCUGAAGUUGAUCACGAAGAAAUAAUUGAACAAGUAGUUGAGGAAGAAGCUCAACAAAUAAUCCGGGAAGAUGAAAUUGAGAAUAAUUACUUCAGCGAAUUUAAAAUCCAGUCAGUCAAGCAGAAAGCUGAAUCAAAUAUUAUAGAAAGUGACGGGGCCAAUUUAGAUUUUUUGCCGCCGAAGAAACGAAUUUUAAGACAAUGGCAAACUAAUGUUAUUUCUUCGUGCGUUCGCCAGCGUAAGCCCAAGAUAAAGAGCAACAAGAGUAUCAAGAGAGUAAUUGGAGUGAGUAAUGAUAACGAUGAAAAUAUCAACCCGAAUGUGAACAAAGAAAAGGACAAGGGGUUUAAAAUUGUCGUGUGCCAUGAAAAAAUGUCCAUUUGGCAUCAGAACCAGUCUGACAAAGACAAAGAGGGUCAAGUCGUGGUAAUGCAGAAAAAGUCUCGGGAAAUUUAUUGGAAUGCGGAAGAACGACACCGGGCUUUUUUAAACUAUUUCGAUUUUGAUAGAUUCAAAAUACUAUGA